CUCCCUCUGGUCUUCAUCUCUCGACAAUUUCCACUUUCCCAGCAGCCAAACAUAGAAUAUUCCACGUGCAGGUAUCUGAUCAGGCAAGCUAAUAGCUAAAAAUCAAGACAAAAGGAUGGCAAUUUUAGAGGAAUCAGUUGUGAAUUGGAAGAUUUCUCCGCCAAAUUCAUAUGGAGCUGUAGUUCUUGGCGGUACCUUUGAUCGCUUACAUGAUGGUCAUCGCCUCUUCCUUAGAUCGUCAGCUGAGUUGGCAAUGGAUCGGAUUGUGGUUGGAGUUUGCGAUGGUCCAAUGUUAACAAAUAAACAGUUCUCCGAUUUAAUACAGCCCAUUGAGGAAAGGAUGCAUAAUGUUGAAAGUUACAUAAAGUUGAUGAAACCUGAGCUGGUUGUGCAAGUUGAACCAAUUACAGAUCCUUAUGGCCCUUCAAUUGUUGAUGAGAAAUUGGAUGCCAUUGUUGUCAGCAAAGAGACAGUACCAGGUGGAAUAUCAGUCAAUAAAAAGCGAGCUGACAGAGGCCUUUCACAACUGAAGAUUGAAGUUGUAGAUCUAGUUUCCGAAGAGUCUAGCCAAGGCAAGCUGAGCUCAACAACAUUAAGGAAGCUUGAGGCUGAGAAGCCCAAAAAUCAACAGUCUGGGUAAGCUGACACUGGAAAGCCAAUGUUGGGAAGGCUAGGAAACCAUUUUUGAAGGUUUUAGCACAGUGUGCAGAAGACACAGUCUUCGAGUCACUGCAGCUUCAUGGAUAUACCGAGAAUUUCCAUACAAUAAAAGCAUUAAGCUUUCUUCUUCAAAGAACUACCCUAUGUAAUAUCUUUGAGUUCUGUACAUACUCUAAUCACAUUCUGCAAUGUGAUGUUAUUUUCUUUCAUAAUUAUGACGUCUCAAGAGCUAGCAAACUUUGUAGCCACAA